AUGGGACGCAAAGUUCUAUGCUUUGGACUAACUUGUAUUCUUUUUUCUUAUUAUAUGUAUAGACCUGUGCCAGACAACAUUGAAGACAAAUGGAAAAUAGAAAUUUUAGAUGCUCUUAUAAGAACUUUUACACCUGUGGGACUAUUCCUGGAAAAUAUAGGUGUUGUGAGAUUUGAACGACUUCUUUCUAUGAUAACAGAAAUGGACUUUACAGGACCAGUUUCAGAUGAAAACAUCACAGUGACUGAUACAACCUUUAGUGACAUUCCAGUACGUUUGUACUUGCCAAAGAGGAAGUCAGAGAGCAAGAGACGAGCUGUCAUUUUCAUUCAUGGAGGUGCCUAUAUUGUAGGAAGUUAUAAGCAGACAUGCUACGACAUCCUGAAUAGAAUGACGGCAAACCAACUCAAUGCUGUUGUUGUGGGCGUGGAUUAUAGACUAGCUCCUCAGUAUCAGUUCCCCAUUGCUUUGGAAGAUGUCUUUGCUGCAGUUGAAUACUUUCUACAUGAUGAAGUUCUGGCAAAAUAUAGAGUGGAUCCAACCCGAAUCUGUAUUUCCGGGGAUAGUUCUGGGGCUUCCAUUGCAGCAGUGGUGACUCAACUGAUGCAGAAUCACCCAGAAUUCAAAAGGAAAAUCAAGGCCCAGGCUUUAUUAUACCCUGUAUUACAGAUAAUUGAUUUGUGGACACCAUCUUAUCAAGAAAAUGCCCAUGGUCCAAUGCUGUCAAGGGAUAUAGGCAUUAAAAUGGGAUGUCUAUAUGUAACCACAAAUAAAGUGUGUAUCGAAGCAAUGGGUCUAAAUCAACAUAUGCCUGAUGAAUCAAGGCAUCUGUUUAAGUUUAUUAACUGGACUAUCUUACUUCCAGAAAAAUUUAAGAAAAAUCAUGUUUACACAGAACCAAUAUUGGGAAGAUAUGGCUUUAUACAUUCAGAAAUUAUAGAUCCUAGGUUAUCCCCUUUGGUGGUAAAUGAUAUCCAGUUACAAAACUUGCCUUUAACUUAUAUCCUUACCUGUGAACAUGAUAUUGUAAGAGAUGAUGGACUUAUGUAUGCCACACGGCUUCGAAAUGUUGGCGUUCAAGUUGCACAUGACCAUAUGGAAGAUGCGAUCCAUGGAGGACUGGCUUACCUAGGAAGAAUAUUUAAUUUCUAUCAAGCAACUAAAUUACGAGAUAAAUAUAUUAGUUGGCUAGAUGAAAAUAUAUGA